UCCAAGAAGUUUUUUGAAGUGUUUUUGGGCAGCCGAGUUCGCGAGUGCAAGAACGAAUCGCAGUGAAAUGCAAAAGAAACAUUAAAAUAAAUAUAUAGUAUUUAACAAAUUAACCAGUACCUAACAAUAAAUUCUAAAUAUUACUUUAGUUAUAAACAAAAAACAAGUGUAAAUUGAUUAUCUAAACCGCCAACCGGUCGGAAAGUUGUGUGUGAAAAAAUUUCUUUGCUUUUCGCUCUCUCCAUGCAUUCGCGCAUUCGUAUCCAGUCCCCGCGGACCUUUCAACCGACAGUAUUUUUUCCCCUCCUUUUUCGCUGCUCUGCACAAUUCCAACGUCGACAAAGGUAAUGGCAGCAAAAGCAAAGUCAGCAAACGCGCUGCUUCCAGUGUCAAAGUGAAUCGAGUGCUGUCGACGUCGUUGUUGCUGGCGUUAAGUGAAUGUGAAAGAAGAAUGGAAAAGUGCACAUACAAAUAUUGAAUUGAAGCGAAUGAUAGCAGAAGUGAAAUAAUUGCUAGCUGUGCAAAAAAGUUUCCACAUAUAAAUUUUUUCUACAAUUCUGUAUAUAUCUGUUGUCGUAGCAAUAAUUAUAUUGAAUGAAAAGUUCAAAUCAUAUAAAAAGUGCUUGUGUAGUUAGAUACAAAUAAAAAUAUUAAACGUGUAUUGACGUUGAUAUAUACGAAACAGAUCAAAAGUUUAGUGAAAGAGGAAGCAAGUGAAAAGUGCGAAUGUGAAUGUGUGCCGCAAGUGAGGCGAAAAAUGUCCAAACGUCCCCCAAUUGUCAGUGGCUAGGUCGUCGUCGUAGUCGGUCGUUUCGACAUCUUCAUAUUCCUCAACUUUUCGACGUCAUAGCGUGACAUUUAUCAACAUUUAGGUUCGGCAUUGGCGCCUUCUUAUAAUAGAACGCUCAAUUUAACGCGGUUGCAACUUUCUUUCGCCGUGUUGCGAAACGUAUGCUUCGAGUACCCUAGUAUUGAAGUGUCAGGUUUGCUGUGUAUUUGUACUUGUUCUUGCCACCGUGGAAAUUUUUGGCAAACUACCUUUUUUAAAACAGGAUCGCAGAUACAACGAAGUGUUCCUUCAAAUCCUAAGAAAUAAUACUGAAUCAACGGAAUAAACAAUAUAAAUUGUAAAUAUAGAAUCAAUUGUAAAGAUUAUGUACAUAAUAUACCCAGCACAUGCAUCAUAAACAACAACAACAACAAAAACAUGGAAUGAAAAGUUAAAAACAAAAAAAAAACACUCAAAACGGAACAGGAACAAUGUGAAUCCGCAGCAUGACUUAAUGAAAGUCGAAACUCAGCAAGUCGAAGUGUGAAGGCGGAAGUCGAAAUUCCCAAAAAGCGGGUGGUGAGUGAGGGUGCAACACAGGCCGAAGAAGCCUUACGUUGAAGCGGACCAAUAUCAAACGAUAUGGUACACGAUGAGCGGCGAAGAACGCAGGACUACAGCGAAGGACUAAAGCAAGCCACCGAUGGUUGUACAUAAGUGUAAUUGCAUGACGCACAAAAACCCGGAUCAGACCGCAUAAUCCCCUACGAAAACGGAGUACAAGAAAGUACAAGAAAAAGCAAAAAGUUUAAAGAAAAUAAAAUAAACUCCAAACGAAAACUAAAAACGUUGUAAACAUAAAAUAUACAGCAAAAAAGCACACAAGUUACAACAACAAAGGCAACCCCGGAAAAAGAGCAACCUGAAAUUACCAUUUAUAGCGCAAAUGUAUGUAAGCACAAAUGGGGACAUUUUGAGAACGCGCACAGCCAACAACGCAUGUCUUCAACAACAACAAGAAUAACAACAGCAAGCACCAACUACAACCAAUAUUAACCAACAUUGCCAACUCACCAUUACUAAAUACUAUAAUCAACCUUGUUUCGCCCGUCUCCGGCGUCCGUCAACGUAAUAAGUAAAAUACCAUAGAAGUGACAUUAAGACAGUGACCGCCAGCGUACCUACCGCACACAAACGCAAAUAAGAAUAUACUUGUUUAUAAUAGUAGUUGUAAUAAUAGUAGUAGCUGUGCCGCAAACUCACCGUUAUUUGAAAUAAAAAACAAAAAAUAGCCGCAUUUGCCGAAAAAAUGUUGCAAGACACCAAUAGUAGCGCCAUACAGCCAAAAGUCGUUGUAAUACGACGACGUCCGAAUCAAGGUUUCGGUUUUACGCUGCGUCAUUUCAUUGCCUAUCCACCGGAAGAUGAACCCUCUUGGCCACAGGAAGCAUCUGAUCCGUACCACCACCAAGUGAAAGCGAUGGAAACCAUUUUCAUAAAAGAAGUUCAAACGAACGGACCUGCUCACUACGCCAACCUGCAGACGGGCGAUCGCGUUCUAAUGGUGAACAACACACCCAUCGCCGGGCUUGCAUACAGUACAAUCGUGUCGAUGAUCAAGCAAACGCCUUCAGUGUUGACGUUGCAUGUGGUGCCCAAGGAGUGCGAUGUACUGCAGAUGCAUUAUACGAGUAUCGCGCACACACCAGAAACCAAUCGUCUUGCCACAGCGCCACGACCCAUACCAUCGCCCGUGACUGUGGGCAAUGGUAAUGCAGCUGGCGCAUUAAUACCAAUCACACCAGCUGCUGCAGCGUCUGCGACUGCAUCUGCAUCUACAUCGACAUCGACAACAAAAUCAUUUUCACACCAACAGCAGCAAUUGAUCUCAUAUCCACAGCUGAGUGGUGGUACUAGUGGCACUGGCGGUGUUGUUGUUGGCGGCGCCGGUGGAAAGGCUAGUCGUUCGGGCAGUGUUACGAGCUCGGGUAGCACCAGCUUCCGUCCCACAGCGGUGGGGAGCGGCGAGUUUAUCGAUAUGUCAUCGCAGGGAUUGCACCAGCACAACAGCGGCCGUUUGCUGAUACGCGACGAUGGCGGCGGUGCAUUUCUGUCGCGCUCCCAACCGCCGCCCAAUUUGACAGUAUUAUCCCGACAACAACAGCAACAACAUCAACUCUAUCACACACAAUCAGCCGCAGCGGCAGCGGCCGCAGCCAAUUCCGCCUUCUAUGCGCCCGCUUCGGGUGUCGGCGCCGUUGACACCAGCGAAUUGAUGAUACGCCUACGUGAAUCGAUCAAGCAAAAAGAGGAAUUCCUUAAAUCACCGCUGCCACACACGCACGCCACGCUGCACAGCGUACCCGCUGUGAGCCACACCGCCCAACAGCAUUUCUUCCCGCCGCACACACCACCGUCGGGCAGCCCGCAAUUGUCUAUGGUGUCGACGACAUCGACAUCGGCCGGUUCAUCAGUGCUGAGCAGCAUAGGUGGCGGCGGCGGCGGGCCGCGUGGUCAGGUGCGUACACACUUUAAGCAACCACUCUCGGCGACAUCCUCAUCGGCGUCGAGCACGCGUGAGCUGUUGCCCGCCAACGUCAGUGCAAUUGAAAUGCAUCAAUACUACGGCAGUGUCAGCAGCAGUGGCAAUGCAGCCAAAAACCACAUUGCGACCACUAGUGGUGGUGGUGGUGUUGGCAGCGUCGGUGGCAACUAUAUUAGCAUGGAGAGUGCUAUGAGUCGUGGCAGUGCGUUGAGUGCGACGACAAGUGUGAGCGCUGGUGGCGUACGUGCUGUCGGCGUUGAAACGGCGCCCUCGCGACAUGCAGCUGGCAAUGGCAGCGCAAGCAGCCGGCCGAGCAACAACAAUGGCAUGGGUGAUAAAUAUGUAAAGGAUUUGGAUUAUUUGGAAACCCUGCAGGAGACUGGAGUCACCAAUAAAGUUUUCGAACGCAAGCUCGUCUCUCAUCUCGCCAAAGGCUUUGAUCCCUUCCAACCGCUCUCCAUCAACACAAGCGCCUGUGUUGAGCCUAGCGCCACCGCAGCAGCAGCAGCUGGCAAUGUGGUGCUGAUAAAGAAACCCACAGUGCUGUACGAAUCGCUGCAACAUCAUCCGUUGCAUCAGCUACAGGUACAACAACUGCAACAAACACAGCAAGCGCAGACGUCACACGCGCCAAUGCAAUUGUCGAAGUUGCAACAGCAUCAGCUACAACAACAACACCAACAUGGUAGUGUGGUGGAUGGUGUGCAGUAUAGUCGCAUGGAGAUCCACAAGGCCAGUUUGGCUACGACUACCAUAGAUCAUGCGCCGUCUAAUAAAUACACUGGCAAAUUACCGGAAGCUCUUGGAUCAACAACAGCAACAACAACAGUUGCGGUGGCUGAACCGAAACCGGCACUCACUGAUAUCGCCGAAAGCAACGAGGUGGUCGUGGUGCCAGCAAGCAGCCAAGUGGCCACAACUACUGGCACUUCCUCGGCGGAUGGGAGCAGCGGUGCUGCUGUGGUGCGUCGCUUUAAGCCGAUGUCCUCGUUUGACGAUAGCAAACCGAUGCGUCGCAUUUCAUAUCUACGCGCCACUAACAAUGAAACCGAUUACUCAGCCUCGGACACAUCCACUACAUCGUUAACUGGUUUGAAUAGCAGCAGUGCGGUUGGCAUUGGUGCACCGCCACUCAUUGAGGUGACAUCGAAACAAUCGUCACUCGAUGAUGAUGAUGAUGUUGACGAUGACGAUCCCACGUAUGACGUGGUGGCCGGCGAUGAACGCGUACAAAUACAAAGCCCAGCCGAAUUGAUGGCGGCCACGGCGCAGGAGCAGUUGGUGGAGCAGCAGCAACAGCAUUUGAAAGAUAGAGCUAGUGUCACUGCAGAGGCGGCUAUUGUGGCGGCAGUGACGGCCGCAGGUGUUGGUGGCGGUGCUGCGGCGGCUUUAAGUGAAAGUAGACGCGAAUCGGCGAAUAGUGAAAUACGAAAUAGCGUUCACAUUGACGAUGUAAUCGCAGACAUAAAUGGCAAAUUGGAGACAAAGGAUGUGGCUACCGAAAUGGAAGUGUUCGAAACUGAAAUGGAGAUUAAGUCGUCGUGCAUCAAUGGAAAGCGUCUUUCGGAUUAUCGUUCUUGGCGCCAAGUGAAAAUCGAAAUCAAAGGCGAUAUUUUACGCAUCUAUCCCGGUCGUAGUUGUAAGGAGAGCAAUAUGAUAGAACUCGAUAUUAGAAAUUUUAAAAUCUUCGAUGAAUCAGUCGAUAAAAAGAAAUCCUACAUGUUUCGCAUGCAAUCGAAACCAACGCAAAUCGCCACUUUAGGCAAUGAGCUGAAUCUGGAUGAUGUGCCCGACAAGUUGACGUCGUCGGGCAGUAGUGCUUCGACCACAGCGUCACAUAUGGAGCCAACACAUCACCAGCCCCACCAACAACCAACGGAAAUAUUAUUCAAAACGAAAAGCAUGACGGAAAUGAAACGCAUUUUCGGUUUAUUGCAAUGGAAGAAUAGUUUAAUUUAUGACGAUAGUGAUCUUCAAGGCAGGCAAUUGGCUGAGCCGCAGAAAACCGCGGCUAUCUCUAGCAUGCCAACAGCAACAUACUGUGAUGAUAACGUACAACACCAACACCAACACCAACAAUUACAACCAGAAUAUUCACCAUUAAGCACAACAUCACGCGGCGGCGACUCAGAGAUCAUAUCCGACUCUAUUUCGCCGGUGAUGAAAACGCGCAAAUCAUCUUCACACAAAAAUAUACCCGAUAAAGAUUUAGGUUCACCAAAAGCCAAAAAUUGGAAAGAUUUACUCUUUAGACGCGGCGGUGGUAGUAGCAGCCACAAUGCGGACAUUUCGCCAUCAAGCUUAGCUUCGGGUGGCAAGACGACCGGUUCCAUUGGUGUGCCCUUAAAAUCAUGUCCGAUGUCCAAGAACAACGAAUAUGUGCCGCUGUUAGUGGAUGUUUGUACAAAUAUUGUUGAGACGAAGGGUCUCGGUAUCGUUGGUAUCUACCGUAUACCCGGCAAUAAGGCUGCCAUAUCAGAGCUAUCGGAACAGGUGAAUAAAUCGGACUUUUCAUGGGAUCGCUGCAACACAGACGUCAGGUGGGAGGACGUGAAUGUGGUUUCGAGUCUGCUAAAGCAAUACAUACGCAAUCUGCCCGAUGCUUUGCUACCAUGUUCCUUCUAUAUAAAUUUCAUUGAAGCCGAUAAGAAGACGGGUUUGGAACGUAUAAAAGAGCUUAAAGAGUUGCUUAACACGUUGCCGCGUUACUCCUAUGAGACGUUGAAACAUUUGAUACGACAUCUCAGUCGUGUGAGCAAAAAUUGUGAAGUGAAUUUGAUGGAACCGAAGAAUUUGGCGAUUAUUUUCGGACCGUCGAUUAUACGCACACCAAACGAUACGUUGGAGAUCGCUGUGAAGGAUAUGAAACAUCAGUGCCGCAUAGUUGAGUUGCUCGUGACGCAGUAUGACUACUUUUUCGAGAAUGGUCCCUUGCCCGAUCUGGCUGACAUUACAGGCAACACGCCCAUUGCGUCCACCUCCAGCUGCGCUUCCGGUGCGCUACACACCCAAGAGGAUCAGACAAAUAUGUUACUGCACAAUGUAUCGAAAAUCGAACGACUAACCGAGUCGUCGUCCACAACACGCACAUCCCGUUUCAUUCCACAACUGCGGCGGCGUACACAUAGUAAGCGUGGCGCUGCCAGCUCGGAUACUUACUCGGGCGAAAGUGUGUUGGUAAGCGAAAUACAAAAUCUGAAUCAGAGUCACAAUGCAUAUAUGAGUUCGAAUAACAAAAAUAAAAACAAACAUAAACGCAAAUCAUUGCAAUCAUCCAUCAACCUCAAUCAAACCAUUACUAAACUCAUUUCCGCACCACACAACAUGCACAACGCCCUACUCAAGUACAACAUAACCAGCACCAAUUCCAACACCACCAACAACAACACUACUACACAAUCCACACCCAAUAUAUGCGUGGCAGCAGCCACAGCGUCCACUAAGCCUUUAAAGCAAUGCGCAACGGCCAGUCGCCAACAGCAGCUGCAGCAGCCGCCACUGCAGCAAAUGCAAAAGCAGCAGCUGCAGCAGCAGCGGCGCCGCAAAGCCGUGCCCACAAUUUAUGAUAUUGGGCUAACAUUGCGUGUACAAUUUCAGUCAUUGGAUUCCACCAAAUCCGCUACCACAGCGAUGACCACAAGCAGCAGCUCCACCAAUGCCACCACGGCGUCGUCGAGUAGCGGUAGUGGCGGCAGCAGCAGCGUUACAUCCACAACGCAAAAGACGAAAAAGGAGCGUAACUUCCUGAUCAAUCAUAGCGGUGGCGGGUUUGUGCGUCUGCACCAUCGGAAGGCCAGUCUGGAUGAGAAGGACUCGGGCAGCUGUAGCGGCUCGGGCAGUGGCAGCGGCGGUAGCAUGAGCAAAGAGCAGCAACGCAGCAGUGUCGAUAUAUCGGUGCUGCUCACCGAUGAUGAGUCGAGCAAUAGUCGCAGCGAUACCGGUUCCAUGUCACUGACCACCAUCACCGACACGCUAGACUCGAAAUUGCGGAACUUGCGUAGCGGCUCCGAAUCGAAUGAUGAGAAUGGCUCACCCGAGUUCCGGAAAAAUCGACGACACACGCUUGGCCAGCCACUGCAUUUGCAUUCUGAAAACAUUCCCUAUGCCGAUGAAUCGCCUGAGCGUCAUUUUCAUUCCUGCCCCUUGGAUGCGCCGAAUGUGCUGAUGCUAAGUCGAUCCUGCACCGCCACCAACACCAUCGCCUCGGCGAAAGCGAAUGAGAGCAAAGAGCAGCGUGUCGCAGCGGUUCUAUCCGCGUACAAAAACAACAAACUACAACAUUCGGCUACCGUGCCCAUUAAUCCCGGUUCGACAACAACGAUUGUGGGCAGCGGCAGUACACCAUCGACGGCGGCAUCAACGCCAACUGCUAUAUUAACGGUAAAAACGACAAAUACACAAGGCGGUAUAGGCGCCAAUGUUGGCGGUACCGGUAGCGGUGGCAACUUGGCGCGUAAUUCCUAUUUGGGGCGUGGCACACGCUUUAACAAACAAGUGUAUGAGCAACAAUGUUGCUCGGACGAUGACUCAGAGGGUUCGACGACGAGCGAUCCGAAAGAUUCACUCAUCAUAGCAUCGCCGCCAUUUUUUCUAGAUCGUUACAAUAAAAAGCGACGCGAUCAUCGACUCUUUCGCUCCGCUUCGUUCAAUUGCCGCAACUAUUCAUCAUCGUCGGGUCGACACAGCAGCAGCGGUGGCCAUCACAACACCGGCGGCUCGGCAUCAGCAUUGACUAAGGAUGAAAAGACUGAUAUGAACCUAACGAAGAAGCGACAGAUACAAAACAAACAGAAUCGUUCCAUAAAACGGCGACACACCGUAGGCGGACCGCACGACUAUGUCGGACCCAAUGGUUGUCCGCCAGCGAAUACCAACAAUUGCAAUCAUCAUCACACCUGUAAGGUCACAGCGGGUGCGGGCGGCACUACAACCACCACUACAACUGUGUUGCGACGCAUUCCUAUACCAAGUGCGAACGGCAAUAUCAGCAACAACAACAACAAUAUCAAUGCAAAUCUAACGCAAGACGGCAACAAUGGCAAUGGUGGCGGUGGCAGCGGCAACGGCGGCGGUAACGGUGGCAAUGGCGUGGGCGGCGACAAUGCCGGCAGCGCAACAGUGGCCAUGGCGAGCGGCGCGGGUGGCGAGCACGUGCUGGAAGUGGGCAUACGCAUCAAGAAUAUCAACAGAAGUCGGUAUUAGACUCGCAGAAAUGCGUGUAAAGAGUAAACUGUAACGUGAAGUCGUAAAGUCGAACAGUGCAGUUAGCGGCGCAGCGCAAUUGCAAAAGCAGUUGCAAGCAAAAGAUAAAAACAAGAAAAAACACCAAUUAGUUAUUAAGUUCACAAAUACAAAAAAGUCAGCAGCGUUCAUUUAAAUGUGUGUGUAAAAAAUAAGCAUUCUAGUAUUAGCAAGAAAAAAGUUAUAAUUAAAAAAAAGCAAAAAAGAAAAAGCGCAAAACAACAAUGAAGAAAGUGCUGAGGAUAUUUAUGCUGUGUGUCGCGUGUAUAGAGUAUUGCUUAAGAAAUUCCUGCAUGCAUCCAGUAUAUUAGAGAUAGGAUUUAGAACCACUACCUACUCGAAAGCACAGAGUUUGAAGAGUGAAAAGGUAAACUUUGUAAAAUUGUAAUUUUGUAUUUUUUUUUUUGGUUAUUUUUGAAUUUUGUAGAGUAGUCUGUUGAAAUUUAGUAAAUUUAUGUAAAUUAAAUAUUUGUUAGCAUGGUUUUUAUUAUUGAAUUGAAGUAGUCUAGUGUAGCAUUUGAAAUUUUUUGUAAAACUAAUUGAGAUUAUUAAUUAAGGGUAGUUUAUAAAAAUUUGCAGGAUUUUUGUAUUAUUUCAAAUUUAUUUGAUUUUUUAAUCGAAACCUCACUGCGGUAGUUUGGAGUGUUCAAAAUAACAGCUGAAGUAAAAUCAUAACUAAAAGUGCAUUAUUGCAAAUUUUCGACUUGAGAAAAAUUAAUAUUUAUAUUUUAUAAUUACAAAUAUUUCGAAAAAGUCAAAAUUUUAAUGGAAAUUUAACAUGUUGUCUAAAAAUUAUCCCCAAUUAUUUUCGAAAAAUCCAAUUUUGAGCUAAAAUUAAACUAUAAAGCUAGAAAUUUUCCCUAUAUACAUACACCCUUCUCGCCAUUACAGCAUAAAUAUCCUUAAUGCGAAAAAAUUAAAAUUUAUUAAACAAAUACAUAUAAAUAUAUAUAAUAAAUGUAAACGCACUUAAGAAGAUACAACACCUCCCAACGCCUACACACAAGCCAAGCAACUUUAGUGGUAAAAUUACAAAUUAAAAAAACCAAAAAAUAAUACAAAAAAUAUUUAUUUAUAGUAAUAUAAAUAAGACAUUAAAAUUGCAUGAAAGGAUGAAGAUGGAAAAGGUUUUUUUUGGACCGAAAUUGUAAUGUGACAAAACGAUUUUUUUGCUUUCUACAAAGUUUAGUUUUUGAAAUUUUUUUUCGAAAAAAAUAGUUUUUGAAAAAUUUAGUUUUUGAAAAUUUUAAUUUUUGAAAAUUUUUGUUUUUGAAAAAUUUUGUUUUUGAAAAAUUUUAGUUUUUUAAAAAUUUAGUCUUUGAAAAUUUUAAUUUUUGAAAAUAAAAUUUUUGAAACUUUUAGUUUUUGACAAUUUUAGUUUAAAAAUUUUAAUUUUAAAAAAUUUUGUUUUUGAAAUUCUUAAUUUUUUGAAAAAUUUAGUUUUUGAAAAAUUUUAGUUUUUGAAAAUUUUAUUUUUUGAAAAAUUUAGGUUUUGAAACAUUUUCGUUUUUGAAAAAUAUAGUUUUAAAAAAAUUAGGCCUUGAAAAAUUUUAUUUUUAAAAUUUUUAAUUUUUGAAAAAUAAUACCAGAUAGUAACUUGUUAUGGAUUAGUUUCUAAAGUUCUAACAGCUAUUAGCUAUCAGCAAGAAGAGGAAUGCGAAAUUGACAACUUGCUCUCCUAAAAGGGCGAAAUAACGAAAAAUUAAAGAAACGGAAAACUAACAGAAAUUGGCAAGAAAAUAUCAAAAUCUUGUUUUUAUUAAUCUUAAUUGGAUUUUCCCAAUUCCAAACUAUUAAAAUGCAUAGAAUCAAAACAAAUGCGUCGAACAUGUGUUUAACAGCUGUUUCUUAAUAUGACAGCAGCUAAUUUCUGUAAGCAUAAAUUGUACCAGGUUGUUAUAGAUACAGAAUUCUGUCGAGUUGACAGUCCUUGAUUGAAUAAAAAACCCGGUCCGUUUGCGGGAAUUGUACCAAGUAGUUAUCUCUGCCUCUUACUCUCUCAACUUGUGCUGUCUUCUGCUAGGUUCGUCGUUUUUUUGUUUUUUUGCUUUUGCUUUUCCAGCAGAAUCACUAUCACUCAAUAUUAUCGUUGUAGGUUACUUAAAUUUCCCAUUAUACACUCUUACUUACUACGAUGUUAAAUUACUGUUAGGUUCUAAAGAUAAAAUCGACUUUUUUGAGAUACUUUCCGACAUAAACAUUUUUAUUUCCGAUUUUAAUGCCCUAAAAAAAUGAAAAGCAAGUGCCCUUUGUCAUAUUUUUCUUCUACAUUCGUUUUCCGUUUUUGUCACAUUACAGUUAAAUUCCAUAAGAAACAAAAUAAUGUAGACACCAGCUAUGUAAAACCCAACAAAUAUACAUACAUAUACAUAUAUAUUUUAUGAUAUAUUUUCUUGCAACCCAAAACAAAAAAAAAAACAACAAAGUUCGUCUGACUGGCUAACGGGUGAUAAAGUUGAAAACGUAGCAAAAACGAUCGAAAAGCCGCGAUUUAUUGUUAAAUAUAUUGUUUUUCUAAUUUCCGGUGUUAUUGAAUUAAGUUUUAUGAUUUUUGCGCAUUUAUUUUGACUUGUGCUGUUGUAUUGUUUAAUAAGUUUUCAAUUAAAAAACAUUGUUUUUAACUAAAUUGAUUAAAAAGCAUUUUGUACAUGAUAAAUAAAUUAAAAAAAAAAAUUAAAAUUAGCUUUCGCACACACACACACACAUUAAGUACGGAGAGUAAAAAGCAAAACUUGCGCAAUUUGUAAAUUUGUAGGUUAUGCUCGACGUUAAACGCUUAUUUUUAUAUCGAGAUUUUUUAAUGAUUUGUAAAUGUACAGCGCACGGCAUGGUAAAAAUGAGUUUUUGAAGUAAAAAAUUUGUUGGUAUUUGCUAGGAUAAAAGUUAUUAUGAUUUCAAAAGUAAAAAGUGCGGCAUACAUACAUACACACUUGUUUGUUUGUAUGCGGCUAAAAUUAUUGAAAUGAAUUAAUUUAAAUUAUACAUACAUCUAGAAUAAAACAAAAAACAACUAUUUAAUUGUUUUUAUAUAUUAUUAUUAUUAUUAUUAUUAAUUAAUAAUUAUUAUUAUUUACGAACCCACGCUCCCCUGUACGUAUGUAUGUAUGUGUAUAUGCAUGUAACAUAAUUACUAUUUAUUCGAUAAUAAUUAUGUUUGUAUUAAACUAUUUGCAUUGUAUUUGUAAUUAUACAUAAAUGAUUAUUUUGAUGAUGAUUGAUUUGAUUAAAAUGCGAUUAAUUUUAAUUUCUGUUAUUUGCUUAUAAAUAAUUACUUAAGUUAUACAUAUAUUUACAAGCCAAAAUUAUGUUUGGUCAAAACAAAAAAAAAUAUACAGCUAAUUAUAUACAUAUAUGUAUAUAUUGAAAUAUUUGUUGUUUAAAUUAUUAUAUUCGCUGAUUUUUGAGGUUAGCUAUGGUAGGUUAGCAAGCGGUAUGCGGUAAGCGGCAGUUGUGCGCGUUAGUGUUAGUAUUUGAAAUGUGAAUUGAAAUGUAAUUGAAGAGAAUUUAUUUGCGAACAUUUUGUGCCCCCAUUUUUGGAAAGUUUGUAUCGAAAUGGCGUUACAAGCGCUGCAAGUGACACAGUAGAAAUUGUAUGUAGCUCGAUAUACCUAUAAUAUAUACAAAAAAACACACACACGUACACACAGAAAUUAUAUAUGUAUUUUAUAAAAAGUAUGUACAUAUAUAUACAUGCAUAUAUAAAUAUAUAUAUAUAUACCAUAUAUAUAUUUACCUACCUAUUUACCUAUAAAUGUAUGGAUUUAUUUUGUGUAAUUACUUAUACAUAUACAAUUAAAUGAAAUGAAAUAAAAGCGAUAAACAAAA